CAGCCCGGCCCACCGCCGCCGGAACAAAAGGGGCGGCCGAAGGUGGCGGCGUGGCCGCGCCCGCUGCUCCCGCCGCUCCGCCACCAUGUCCGCCAGCGGCGGCAGCUCCCCCGGCAAUGCCGUGAAGAAGCGGAGCCCGGCCGGCUCGGCCGCCUCGCUGCCGCUGGAGGAGGAGAAGCAGGCGAUGGAGAAGAUGCUGGAAGGGGCGCAGGAGAACGGCUGUGCCCGCUCGCCGUCGCCCUGCGGCUCGGCGGAGGGGGUGACCCUGAAGCGGAACAUCACCCUGCUCAACGGCGUGGCCAUCAUCGUGGGCACCAUCAUCGGCUCCGGCAUCUUCGUCACCCCCACGGGCGUGCUGCGGGAGGCCGGCUCGCCGGGGCUCUCGCUCGUGGUCUGGGCCGUGUGCGGCGCCUUCUCCAUCGUGGGCGCGCUGUGCUACGCCGAGCUCGGCACCACCAUCACCAAGUCCGGCGGGGACUACGCCUACAUGCUGGAGGUGUACGGCUCCCUGCCCGCCUUCCUCAAGCUCUGGAUAGAGCUGCUCAUCAUCCGGCCCUCCUCGCAGUACAUCGUGGCUCUGGUGUUCGCCACCUACCUGCUCAAGCCCAUCUUCCCCACCUGCCCCGUGCCCGACGAGGGUGCCAAGCUGGUGGCCUGUCUGUGUGUCCUGCUGCUGACAGCUGUGAACUGCUACAGUGUCAAGGCUGCCACCCGUGUGCAGGACGCCUUCGCUGCGGCCAAGCUGCUGGCGCUGGCUCUCAUCAUCAUCCUGGGCUUCGUGCAGCUGGCAAAGGGUGAUGUGGAAAACCUGACCCCUCAGAAAUCCUUCGAGGGCACCAAGGUGGGCGUUGGGAACAUCGUGCUGGCUCUGUACAGCGGCCUCUUUGCCUAUGGAGGAUGGAAUUACUUGAAUUUUGUGACAGAAGAGAUGAUAAAUCCCUACAGGAACCUGCCCCUGGCUAUCAUCAUCUCCCUGCCUGUGGUCACGCUGGUGUAUGUGCUGACCAACUUGGCUUACUUCACCACGCUGAGCACCGAGCAGAUGCUGACGUCCGAGGCUGUGGCCGUGGAUUUUGGGAACUACCACCUGGGUGUCAUGUCCUGGAUCAUCCCUGUCUUUGUUGGGCUCUCGUGCUUUGGGUCUGUCAAUGGAUCUCUUUUCACUUCUUCCCGGCUGUUCUUCGUGGGAUCCCGAGAGGGGCACCUGCCCUCCAUCCUGUCCAUGAUCCACCCCCGGCUGCUCACCCCCGUCCCGUCCCUCGUGUUCACGUGUGUCAUGACCCUGCUCUAUGCCUUCUCCAACAACAUCUUCUCAGUCAUCAACUUCUUCAGCUUCUUCAACUGGCUGUGUGUGGCCCUGGCCAUCAUCGGGAUGAUGUGGCUGCGCUACAAGAAGCCAGAGCUGGAGAGGCCCAUCAAGGUGAACAUCUGCCUGCCCAUCUUCUUCAUCCUGGCCUGCCUGUUCCUCAUCGCCGUUUCCUUCUGGAUGACGCCCAAGGAGUGUGGGAUCGGCUUUGCCAUCAUCCUCAGUGGGAUCCCCAUUUACUUCUUCGGGGUCUGGUGGCAAAACAAGCCCAAGUGGGUUCUCCAAGGCAUCUUCUCCACCACCGUGCUGUGCCAGAAGCUGAUGGAGGUGGUUCCUCAGGAAUCCUAGGCAGGACAAGCAGGGACUCUGAGCUCGAGGAAACGCACAAGGUUAUUCUGAGAUGACACAAGGAUCCGACCCCUCACUCCCCAGUCCCAGGCACCGGAGCUGCUCCUGCUGCCAGCACUGCCCCGAGGCUCUGCUCACCUCCUGCAGCCCCUGCAGCCCCUGCCAGCCCUGCAGAGCAGCCAGGAGAGUCCUUGGUACGAGCCAGGAGGAGGAAUUGCAAAGGGCUCUGCCAGGGGGUGCUGCCUGUGCCCUCUGUGUGUGUGUGAGGGCUGUGCUUGCCUCUGGGGGCUCCUUUGCUUUGGGAUCUGCUGGAGCCUGGUUGGAGUGUUCAGAGUGCCUGGGGGGGUCCUGAGCUGCCUUACCUGGCCCAGGUGGGGGUGGGAAGCAGAGGUUGGCUGAUGUUGUCCCACUCCCCCAAACUCACACCCCCACGUGCUGCUGGACACUGGAUGUGGGGGGCUCCGAGUGUCUCUGUGCUCCCCACUCGGGGCCCUGCCACCCUCUGGGUUUGGAUCCCCACCCUCAGAUCCUGGCAGCUCCCUGCUGCUGAGCCAGCCCUCCAGGGUGCUGCUCCCCACCGUGCCCAGCCCUGGCAGUGAGCACUGAGGGGGAGCUCCUGCUGAGAGCCCCAGGAGCUGCAGUCAGCACAAGGCCAAGUCCUUGGCUUGCUCAUUCCAUGCUUCUCUGUGCCAGGCCUUCAUCCAGCAUGGCAUGAGCAGCUCUGUGCUCCCUCUCCUCGUGGCCCUGCUCAGGGAGCCAUGUUUGCCCCUAAACCACCUGCAGAGAGAAAUCAGGGCUGGGGAUUGCCCUGGCACAUUCCCUGGGGUCUCUGUGCACUGCCUGGGGCUGUUCCCUUUGUCCUGCUGUGUUUCCCCUGGAAUGUGCCACGGAGAUGGGACCAGCUGGCUCUGGGCUGUGGAGAAGGACAGAUGUCCUGGCUGGCUGGAGCCUCCUGGGGCUGCUGGAGAUCAUGGAAUGGCUGGGUGGGAAGGGACCUUACAGCCCAUCCAGUGCCACCCCUGCCAUGGCAGGGACACCUUCCACUGUCCCAGGCUGCUCCAAGCCCUGUCCAGCACUGCCAGGGAUCCAGGGGCAGCCCCAGCUGCUCUGGGCACCUGUGCCAGGGCCUGCCCACCUCUGAGUAAUGAAAGUGAGCUCUGCUGUAAAGAGCAGAGCCUGGCCUGAUCCUCCUUCGUGCAUCAGGUCUGGCUUGAUGAGAUGCCAGCACCACCCUCCUGCUCCAGGAGCAAUCCCUGAGCACAAUCCAUGAUCUGCAUGUGAAAUCCUGGUUUGCUGUUGUGGGUGGUGCCACCCCAUCCCUGAGCACCCCAGAAUUCCUGUAGUUCCCCAGUAGCCAGCACUGUCCCCUGAGGGACACGUUGCUUUCUUUGCUCCAAAGUGUCACCCUUUGGAAAGCUGCAGUUCCUGACCCAUUGCUCAUUGUGCCUCUGUGCCCUGACAUCACCUGGAAUUCUGAUCUUCCCCCACUGGAGCUGCUUUGCUGUGUCUGUUGCAGAUCUUUGUGCUUUGUGCAGGUGGCUUGGUGAACUAUUCCUCAUUUUCUUUUCAUCUUGGCCAUUGGGAAGCUGGGGUGCUCCAGGAGCUGUCACUUCCCACUGGGUUCUCCUUGAGGCUGAGUUCUGUGGGGUGAAGGGGCUUUGAGGACACCCUGGUGCUCACUCACUCUGUGUUAGGGCAGGGGCAGCUCCUGCCCAGCUCUGUGGCCGUGUCCAGGUGCAGCUCCACACUCCCACUUUGCCAGCCCUGUGUCAAUCAGGGAGACAAUCAGCUCUUUAUUCCAUGGCAGCUGGGCUGGAGAUUCCAAAUCAGCUCAGUGACAGUGUGGAGAUUCCCAGUGACAGUGUGGACAUUCCCAGUGACACUGUGGACAUUCCCACUGACAGUGUGGACGUUCCCAGUCCAGCUCAAUGACACUGUGGACAUUCCCAGUGACAGUGUGGAGAUUCCCAAAUCAGCUCAGUGACACUGUGGACAUUCCCAGUGACAGUGUGGAGAUUCCCAAUCCAGCUCAGUGACACUGUGGACAUUCCCAGUGACAGUGUGGAGAUUCCCAAAUCAGCUCAGUGACACUGUGGACAUUCCCAGUGACACUGUGGACAUUCCCAGUGACAGUGUGGAGAUUCCAAAUCAGCUCAGUGACACUGUGGACAUUCCCAGUGACAGUAUGGAGAUUCCCAACUGGGAGCUGAGUUAAUCCAUGAAGAUUUGCAGCUGCUUUGGGAAUAUCCAGGGGGCAGACCCCAAGGUUUUUGGCCAGUGCAAUGAGUUGGAGCAUCUCAGAUCCAAUGCCAGUGGAGAGGCUUUGGCAUAAAUAAGGUCAUGAAUCACAAAAUCUGAACUUGAGUUUUGGCUUCUUCCAGCUGAAGGCUGAGAUGGUUUUGAGCAGUGAUGGGAAAUCACAGCUCCUGCUGGACCUGCUCCAGGAGAGGGGACCUCAGUCUGUCACCUGCCACUCCAGCUGCAGGGUUUUUUGGCUGUGAGGUCUCAGGGCAGCUCUUGCAGGGCCUGGGUUCAGCGUGGGGGCUCUCAGUGCCAAAACCCACCAGCAGAAUUCCUUGGGAUGCAAAGCAAAGGCUUUGGAAUCUCAGCCACCUCAACCCAAAGUCAGCUCUCUCCACAGAGAGCUCAGCAUUGGGGCCAGACCUCCCAGAGGCUGGCUUGGACACAUUGUCCAUCAGGUGAUGACCAUCACAGUGUCCUCCUGGUGACCCUUUCACACUGCUUUGAAAGAGGAGCUGUCACACUAAAAAGUAUUUUUUAAGCAAUCGAUGGAUUUUAAUUAAAUCCUUAACUGGCUUGCUUUGCUUUUCGUGGAUUUCCAUGGUUUCUCACUUGCUGCUGAAGAUUUUCUCUUGUACUAACCUGAGGCUCUGAUCCCACCUCUGUGGGCAUCUCAUCAGCAUCUCCUUGGCAAUAGAGGUUUAGGAAGAAACUAAACCAGGUACCAGCACAGAGCCACAAAAAGGCUGAACUUGGUCAGCCACAGCACACAUCUCAAAGCUGAUCUGCCAAAAAGCUGAUUUCUUUCACCCUGGAGUCAUUGAUCCCCCACAGCUGCCCUCCACCAGAGCCUGGUGGCACAGCUGGAAGAGCUUGGGUUGGUUUUUCCUGGAGGUUUGGGAGAUAAUGAGGAAUGGGGUAAAACUGAAUUUCAUUUUAGAAAGAAAAGACCACAAGCAGUUUCUGCAAUCAUGGAAAUGGCUGCCACUGCCUCUGCUGUCUGCUGUGGCAGCUCUUCCCUGGCAUCAGCAACAUCUGCCCCCAGCUUGUGCUGUUCUGAUGGGUUUGGGUAUGGAGAAGGGAGAAUUCACCCCUGGGAAAGACCUUGCUGCUUGUUUUCCUCAAACAUGGAGUGAGGUGUGUCAGGGAGGGCAGGGGAGGGACAGAGUUCCCAGUUUCCCAUCCUUGGCCAGCACUGGAGGUGGGAUUUCCCUGUUGUUUUGUGCUCUUUGGAGCCCGUGGUCAGGCAGGGAGGGAGAUGAACCCUCCCCACCAGGACCCUGCAGCCACAGGGACCUCCAGGAGGUUCCACAGGAAUCUGUUCCACUGACAGCUCCCUGCAAGUCCUGCUGGGGCUGUUCUGUCCGUGGAAUUCAGGUUGGAAAAGACCUUGCAGGUCAUGGAUCCCAUGGCUGUGCUGUAUCCUGUGCUCUGAGCUGACUCCAGCUUCCCAUUCCUGCUCCUCUGCAGUUGUUGUGAGUUCAGGCUCCCAGGCUGGCAGAUGUUGUUUGGGGUGUUCACAGGAUUGCAUCCUGCAGGGAUUGCUAAACAGAGCAGGAGCUGCUGGCCAGGCACUUCCAUACCCACUGGGUUCCUCUUUCUAAAUGUACCCUUCCUCCAGCUGGGAGGGGAACCAGCCCUGCAAGAACCUGGGGGAUUUAUGUCAUCAUGAUGGACUUUUAAUGAUUUUAUUUUUUAAAACUUCCUGCAGAAUUUGCAGUGGUUUCCAUCUCAGACACCGUGUUCUGGUAAACAGGCUUUUGUUUGGAACAGCCCCCUUGGUGGCCACGGAGUUCAAAGGGACUCUGGCACAGUUGAACGAACUUUAAAGGCCCUUCAGCUGGGUUGGAGCUCCUGGGAAGUGGCUUUGUUGUUGUCCAAGGCCUCUCCCAGUGGGUGGCUCGGGCAAGGGAAUAAAUUGGGCUCCUCCAGGGGCUGCUCCGUGGUGGGGCUGGUCCCUGGAGCUGUGGCUUCCCAGCCCUGAGGGAUAUUCCCAGUGGCAGAGCCCUGGUCUGGCUGCAGGGAAUCCCAGGGAAUGUUUCCACUCAGUCUGGGAAGGUACCUGUGCCUUCAGCUCUGGGGCUUUAAUAGAAAAUCAAAUUACAAAACAAAUCCUUGAGGAAACUGCCAAACAUUGUCCUUACACAACUUGGGCUGCUCCCGUGGGAUGCCAGCUCUUCCUCCCUCCACUCUGCAACCUCCUGACUCAAAUUGGGAAAGGGCUGGAACAAAGCAGCUCCUGGAGCUUGGGAAAGGGCAGCCCCAGGGCAGGGUGGCUCCAGGCUGGUGCUGAGCUCUGGCUGGGACCCCAGGGACUGAAUCCCAGCCUGUGCCUCCGCCAGAGGCAGCCAUGACUGGUGCCAAGGAGGGAGAUCCUGCAGGGAUGGGAAUCUGCUCAUCCUGCAGGGAUGGGAAUCUGCUCAUCCUGCAGGGCUGGGAAUCUGCUCAUCCUGCAGGGAUGGGAAUCUGCUCUUCCUGCAGAGCUGGGAAUCUGCUCCUCCAUCCUUGCAAGGAUGGGAAUCUGCUCUUCUAUCCCUGCAGGAAUGAGAAUCUGCUCUUCCUGCAGGGAUGGGAAUCUGCUCAUCCUGCAGGGAUGGGAAUCUGCUCUUCCUGCAGGGAUGGGAAUCUGCUCAUCCUGCAGGGAUGGGAAUCUGCUCCUUCAUCUCUGCAGGAAUGGGAAUCUGCUCCUCCAUCCCUGCAGGGCAUGGGAAUCUGCUCAUCCUGCAGGGCUGGGAAUCUGCUCCUCCAUCCCUGCAGGGAUGGGAAUCUGCUCCUUCAUCUCUGCAGGACUGGGAAUCUGCUCAUCCUGCAGGGAUGGGAAUCUUCUCAACCCUGCAGGAAUGGAAAUCUGCUCUUUCUGCAGGGAAUUGGAAUCUGCUCCCUCAUCCUUGAAGGGCUGGGAAUCUGCUUCUCCAACCCUGCAGGGCUGGGAAUCUGCUCCAUCUCUGCAGGACUGGGAAUCUGCUCAUCCUGCAGGAAUGGGAAUCUGCUCCCUCAUCCCUGCAGGGCUGGGAAUCUGCUCCUCCAUCCCUGCAGGGCAUGGGAAUCUGCUCAUGGGAUGCAGAUUCUGCUCCCUCAUCCCUGCAGGAAUGGGAAUCUGCUCCCUCAUCUCUGCAGGAAUGGGAAUCUGUUCCUCAUCCCUGCCAGGACAUCCUGGAGACCUCGGUGCUGAGGGAAGCUCCAGGGGCUCCUCACUCUGGGUGUAUCCUUGAGGAGUCACACCCAGGAUGGUGCUGGCUUUGCCUGGGCUCGAGUUCUCCCCAGUUGGAACUGGAACUGGGUUGGGAAUGUGUGGGGAUGCUGCUGAGCUCCCAUUUGAUGAUGCAGUGGUAGGAAAUGUGGCUUGGGGUCGGUGAUCCCAAAGGAUCCCAUAGCCAGAGGAUUAUUCCUUGCCUGAGAAGGGGUGUUGCUUCCUCCAGCUGUGGAAGUGGUAAUGAGUAAAAAUAAAAAAGUAUUUUUUUAAAAACACUGAAUUAAUUUCUAAACUGCCUAAAAGAGAGUUUAUAGCUACACCUAGGGCUGGUGUUGAGCCCAGCACAGGGGCUCCCCCUCAUCCUGGGGUGUGGCUGUGCUGGGAUCAGCAUCAGGCAGGGAAAAUCUCCUGCUUUGUUCAGAGGAUGGGGCAGCUCCGUGUCCCACAGAACCCUUGGGGAGGAGGAUCCUGAGGGGUCCCCAGACCUCGCUCCCACCCUCAGAACAAAGGGAGGCUGACCCUCACUCCCUGUGGAGAAUCUGACUUUUCAGACACUUUGCUUUGUAUUUUUGUUGUUGUUUUUUUUAAACACAGGAAAAAAAAGAAAAGCUCUUAACACACACAAGAAAACCUGAACCUGAUUUACGAUUUUGUUAUAUUUGGUUGCUUUAAAAAACCUGUUUUACUAAUUUAAAUAUAUCUGUAGAUGACACUAUAUUUAUUUGAAAGGGGUAAAUAUCUUUUAGUCUUAAUUCUUCUCCAGUAAGCGCUGUGUAUUCCCAAUGUUUGUGUUCCUGGCAGCACAGCAAUUCCACUGACUGAGGGCUGGGCAGCCAGCAGCUCCUGAAUCCAAUGGCCUUGGACAACAAGAUGUCUCUUGCAAUGUAAUUUUUUUUUUUUUGGGUAGUAUUUCUUGAUUCUUUUAUGUCUGUGGUUUAACAAAUCUGUUCAAUGUUUGGGUUGUUCUAUGUUUUGGGUUGUUUUGUUUUGUUUUUUUAACAAAGAAAGCUGAAUUACAACAUUCUGGUUGCUGGU